GAAUAUUGAUCUACCAAGGCUGGCGAGUGGAUUUAUUCUAUUAUCUAGAAAUCACCUCUUCAAAAAGUGGCAGCUAAAAAUUAGCGCUAGAAGUCGUAUCAAGUGUUUGAAGUGUGUUUCUGAAGUGUAACUCACCUUGCCUGUUCAUAAUACAAUGAGUCAAAAAUACAAUUACGAGAAGAAUUUAUCUAACAGAACUGAAACAUCAUGUGAAUGGAAUGAUAAUAUUGCAGAUGCUCACUCUUUCAACGAAAACAAUGCUCGUGAUAAAUUCGUGGCGUAUAAGCAAGGUAGCAAUAAUCGAAGUGACUUCUUAUCAAAAGGUUACAAAGAAUCCGUUUUUUCUGAUAGUUGGUCAGUAACAAAUCGCGUUUUAUCAAAUGGGAAAAAAUCCCAUGAUGAUUUAACUGAUGGUAACGUUGACGGUUUUGAGAGUGAUGACGACAAUGAUCUUGAUGACGAUGACGAUGAUGAAGAUGAAGACUGGGUUGCUUCUGAUUAUGAUAAAAAACGUUCUAGUCGUACUUCUCGAACACAAAUCACUGGUUCACGUAAAAUUGGAAAUAGUUGCAAUUCUUCACAUCGUAAAAGUUCACAUGGAGAUCGUUCUCAGCGUAGAAUCGGCAACAAUUUAUCAGGGACAACUUACAAUCCAGGAAGUAAUCGUAUUGUUUCAUCUAAUAAAUCUUCCAAAUCUGGUGCUCGUCCUAGAACUGUGAAUCGUUAUCAAAGUAGAAAUGCUAGAACUGUGCAUACAUCAUCUAGUCGUAAGGUUGCUGCUGCUGCUGCUGCUACACGUCGAGUUGACAAAUCACAGAUAAAUAAUAAUAAUAAUAAUCCGCGAAAAGUAUUUGAUUCAUUAUUGCCUGAUGAAUUGAAAAAACCUCGACAAUGCUUUGGUCCUGGUUGUACUCGAGCUGCUGCAAGACCAGAUACAAAAUAUUGUUCAAAUGAAUGUGGACUUAAACUUGCUAUCAAGCGCUUAGAAAUUCUACUACCAGAAAGUUUUCAUACAUGGUAUCCUGAUUUGUUUACAAAAUGUGGAAAGCCUAUUUCUACAUUAGAAAGACUACCGGAUUCUAUGGCUACUAUUAUUGAUAAAUUACGUCUUGAAGAGAUUAGUAAAGAACAAUGCAUAGUACACAAUCGAUUGGUUGAAUUAGAAUUAGAGCAUCAAAAGCUUACAGGACUUAUCAAUCGGGCACAGGAACGAAGAACCGGACGAAAUAAUGAACAAAUGCUUGCUGCAGUUGCUGAUGACGCUGAACAAGUGGAACAAAUGGAACCUAUUAUAUGUGUUACAUGUUCAGCUGAAAUUAGUAUGCGACAUGCUUUGAAACAUAUGGAGAAAUGUUUUCAAAAGAUGGAAGGCAAUACAGUGUUCUGUGCUAAUCAAAAAGAACAAAUUAUGGGUACACCAUUAUUUUGUGAUGCAUAUGAUUCACAAGCUAGAGCAUAUUGUAAACGAUUACGUGUAGUGUGUGAACAUUAUAAAGAACCAAAACUACCAGCUGAUACUGUAUGCGGAUCACCGCUUGUUCGUAAUGUAUUCGAAGAAACAGGUGAAUUUUGUUGUGUACCACGUAAUAAAUGCACUAAACACUUUGGUUGGGAACGUUUACGUCGAGCAAAAAUCGAUUUGGAACGAUAUCGUUGUGUAA